AUGGCACCUUCCAUCGUGCAUCUGCCCAAUGGGCAUAAUCUGUCUGUCACGCCUGUCUUUGGCGGUCUCUCCUUCAAGUCUGUCGAUGCUCACACCCAUCACAAUAUCUUCCCUCCUGGCUGGACUAUCACCAUUGAGAGCGAGGAAGAUGAUGCUCCUGUCACCCCCAGCGACGACGUGACCCCUAGACAUCGUGUCCACAGUUACAAGAAGCCGACGCUUCGAGGCGACCAUCUGUUCAUCUCUAGCAUUUCCAAUCCACCCAAUGAGCACACUCCUUCACAUUUUCCUGCAUCCUCGCCGACUCGCCAAAUUGCCAUGAUGCUAUGGGCCACUCUGUACUGGUAUUUCCAACAGCCCGAACCUGACCUGAAGGUCACCAACGCUACAUCCAAAGGUACUGUCGAACCAGGCAGACCCAGGGGUGAUUGGCGCAUCAACAUUAACCGCGAAGGUGUUUUCAGAGGAAAGCAAUUGAUGCAGAAACUGGAACGUAUGGGCUUAAUCGCAACCGAGGAUUCCGCUGUUGGAACGUCUUUGGACCCCGACUCUUCCGAGGGAUGGUCUGCUAUGUUUGUAUCUCGUCGUCAUUUCUGGCAGCUUGACCCUCGCAUAUAUCUCUUUACCAGCAAUCCUCAGGUCAACUCUGCCUUGGUCUCCCACACUCACAUCGACUCAAGACCAGACUCUCCCGCGCUCGGUAUCUCCAGCAGUAGGCCUGACUCGAUCAUCGACAAAGCUGGCGCAGUGACUCCUACCGGCGGAAACCAUGGUCUGUGGGCGCCUCCUGGCCAAUUUAAAUCAUCCUCGCACAUGCCCACCUUCUACCCACCUGCUCCAACGCAGUACAUAUUUACCGACAAUGUCCGUCAUCCACUGCGUCCCAAGCCUCCUCGACAAGGUGAAACAUUCUAUACGAGAUAUAUCCCCAGUCUUGGCGAAUACCUCUCUUUUCGUGUCGCGUCCCUGUCUAAGAGUCCAGUUCAACACAUUGGUCCAGUGUCAGAACCAACUCCUGGAGCUUCUGAGCUUCGUACUCCCGCAAGUGCCAGCGAUUCGCACGUUCCGAUCAUCGGCACUAUGGAUCGUGAGAUGAGCGAUGCCGAGCUUCUCCACAAAUGGAUGAACGAUGAGCGAGUUGCGUACUCAUGGGGCGAGCAAGGUCCUCUAUCACACCAGGAAGAAUUUUUGAAAGCCGGAUUGACCAACAAGCACACUAUACCAGUAAUUGGAUGCUUUGACGGAAAGCCUUUUGGAUAUUUCGAGAUUUACUGGGUCAAGGAGGAUAGACUGGGCUCUUACUUAGGGUACCAGGUGUCAGACUAUGAUCGUGGAGUGCAUCUCCUGGUCGGCGAGCAAAGGUUCAGAGGCCCGCAUCGUGUCAAGGUUUGGUUGAGCGCGUUGGUUCAUUACUGUUUCCUCGCCGAUGCCAGGACCGAGACAGUCAUGUUGGAGCCAAGGGUCGACAAUACAAAAUUGAAGCAGUACUGCGAAGAAGUCGGCUUCUUCAAGGAGCGCGAGAUCAGCUUCCCGCACAAGCAGUCAAACCUUAUGAAGAUUCGCCGCGAAGCCUGGGACGCUCCAGCUAUUUAG